GCCGCGGCGGCCGGCCCCGGCCCCGCCGCCCGAAGCGGCGCCUGCGGCGCGUCGGUGUCGCGCGCCUGGGGCGCGCUGGGCCUGGGUUUCCUGAAGCCGAGGAAGCGGCGGUUUCGACACCUGGUCCGAAGCUUCCCCUGGCUCUUCAGCAAGAGCAGUGAGCAGGAGCGCUGGUGGCGCCAUCACCCGCGGCCCGGGGAUCUGCUCAUCGGCUGGGUGAUGCAUCCCAAGCUCACUCAGGGCAACAAGACGGACCUGGAGGCGGAGUUCUCCUCGGGCUGCGGGGGGCUGUGGAGGUCCCGGGGCUUGGCCUUCCGCGGAAAGUUCUCCUCAACGGUUCAGGAUGGGCAGCUGACUCUGCAGGACGAGGCGACCACUUUGAAGGGCCGGAUGCGGGAAGCGUCUCUCUCCAUCCAGGGCUCCGUGAUCCACGAAGGUUCCCCUGGCGGAGAGUUCAUCCUGCGACCGCUGCCCGAGUGCUACCGGGAGUGGUGGUCCCAGGUCAAGGGCAAGCUCGAAGAUCCGAACCCAGGCUUCCUGGUCUUGAACGAGGAUGGCUCCUUCGAGGGCGGCGACGCCUCAGACGAAGAUGCCUCAAGCUUCCCGGACAUCACCUCCCCGGCGGAGCUCCGGAAGUUUCUGCUGCUGCGGCGCAUCACGCAGCAAGUGGGCUCCCAGAGGCGCCCCAGUCCAAGAAGGAGCAAGCGGCAGGAGCUCCUCUUCAAGUUCGCCCUGAGGCCCGAUGAGGUCAAGGAGUAUCUCGACCGCUACGUGAUAUGCCAGACCGCCGCCAAGGAGAUGCUGGCGGUGGCGAUUUGCGACCACUACAACCGCGCCAAGGAAGAGCUGCUGAGUUCGUCUCCUGAAUCUGAGAGCAGCGAGAGUGCCGUAGCCGUGGACAGCAAGGCCGAUGAGUCGAAGGAUCCGAGCGAGGCUGUUCCAGAGCCUGCAGCUGAGGACUCUGAGAGCCGAAAGAGCUCUGAGACGCUGGACCAAGUUGUCUUCAAGGACACGGACGACGACGUCAUUCUCUUACAGCUGGACGGCGACCGUGUGCGGGAGUUCGUGAACGGGGAGCUGGAGCUGGAGCAGGUGGAGCUCUUUGAGAUCGAUGUGGCGCAACGCGAGUACAAGGACGACUCCGGGCGGGGGAAGUUCCAGGACGAAGAAGACGUUACGAAGAUCCAGCAGCAGGUGGCCGGGCUCUUCGCCCGGGCGGCCAAAGCAGCGCUGCUGAAGCCGGCCCGGGUGAAGAACUACACGAAGCCAAACAUCCUUUUGCUGGGGCCGACUGGAAGCGGCAAGACCUACUUGCUCCGAAAUCUCGCGGAUCUGAUCGGGGUGCCCUUUGUCAAGGCGGACGCAACGAAGUUCACGGAGACGGGGUAUGUGGGCCGCGAUGCCGAUGAGGUCAUGGGCGAGCUGUUGCAAGCUGCAGACGGCGAUGUGGAAUUGGCACAGGUGGGCAUAGUUUACGUGGACGAGAUCGACAAGGUCUGCUCAGAAGGAGAUGGGCGCACCUCCUCCUUCAGGCGUGCCACGCAGAGCACCUUCCUCAAGUUGAUGGAGGACACAGAAGUCACUGUGGGCUCUGGUGGGCCGCGAAGCAUUCUCGGCGGCCUCGGAGGAGACAAGGGCGUCAAGCUGUCAACAAGGCACGUGCUGUUUGUCUUCUCCGGCGCCUUUAGCCAGCUCGACGAGAAGCUCAAGGAGGAGCACAUGCGCAAUGCCAAGGGCUUCGGCUUCACGCGCGAUGCCAGCGAGAAGUCGGAGGAGGUGAAGUCCAUGCUGCAUAAGGCAGAUACAGAGGAGCUGGUGAAGGCCGGCAUGGAGCGGGAGUUCGUGGGGCGGCUGCCGGUGCGUGUUGCGCUGCAAGCCUUGUCCGAAGAUGACCUCUUCCAGGUUCUUACGAAAGCAGAAGAAGGAGCCACCCCGGCAGCAUGGAGCGCGUGCGUGACACCGUGACACCGCCAACCGGCCUAUGACGUUUUCACUUCCAGAUCCCCGC